GCAUCUCUCGGUGGAUUACAACGAGGUGAACGAACAAGGCACCUUCUCUCCCGGUGACGCGCUCUCUCUCUUCCCUCCCUCACCGGCACAAAACCCCGCGCCACGCCAUGGCCUUCACGCGCAGAGCUCUCCGUCCUCCUCCUCCUCCUCCUCCUCCUCCUCCUCCUCCUCCGGCUGUGUGAUGACACACGUUUUAAUCCACGAGUUUUUGUCUUCGUCUUCCUCUGGAGAUUCGACCGCGCGGUGACUUCCCCUCCUCGAUGUUUUAUUUGCGUGUCUUUCCUUCGCGGGAGCGCGCGGUGCGUCCAGGCGCGUAACGUGUCGGUGAAGAUGAACUUCCUGCCCGGUGGGCUCUGCCUGUCCGUCGCGGUGUGCUGGCUGACGGCCGGGGUGGACGCGUCCUGGUGGUACAUGGGCACGCUGGGCUCCCAGGUGAUGUGCGACAACAUCCCCGGCCUGGUGAACAAGCAGCGCCAGCUGUGCCGCCGGCACCCCAAGGUGAUGCGGGCCAUCGGGGCCGGCAUGCAGGACUGGAUCUCCGAGUGCCAGCACCAGUUCAGAGACCACCGCUGGAACUGCAACACCACGGCCAGAGACCACAACCUGUUCGGCCGCCUGCUGCUGCGCAGCAGCCGCGAGGUGGCCUUCAUGUACGCCAUCUCCUCGGCCGGCGUGGUCUACACGCUGGCGCGCGCCUGCAGCCGCGGCGAGCUGGACUCGUGCUCCUGCGACCCCAAGAAGACGACGGGCUCGUCGCGGGAUGCCACGGGCUCGUUCGACUGGGGCGGCUGCAGUGACCAUGUGGAGCACGCCAUGCGCUUCAGCCAGGGCUUCGUGGACGCCAAGGAGAGGAAGGUGAGGGACGCCCGGGCGCUCAUGAACCUGCACAACAACCGGGCCGGCAGGAAGGCGGUGAAGCGCUACAUGGCCCUGGAGUGCAAGUGCCACGGCGUCAGCGGCUCGUGCAGCGUGCGGACCUGCUGGCUCGCCAUGGCCGACUUCCGGCGCGCCGGCGACCACCUGCGCAAGAGGUACGACGGCGCCGUGCAGGUGGCGGUCAACCGGUACGGCACCGGGUUCGCCGCCGCGCACGCGCACUUCAAACGGCCCGGCAAGAACGACCUGGUGUACUCGGAGGAAUCGCCGGACUACUGCGUCCGGGACCACGAGUCAGGCUCGAUGGGUACUGGUGGGCGUGUCUGUAACCGGACGUCGCGCGGCGUGGACGGCUGUGACGUCAUGUGCUGCGGUCGCGGCUAUGACGCGUCGCGCGUGAGCCGGACGACGAAGUGCGAGUGCAAGUUCCACUGGUGCUGCGCGGUGCGCUGCGGCGCGUGCGAGCGGCAGGUGCACGUGCACACCUGCAAGGGGCGCACGUGAACCGGACUACUUCCUGUCCGCGAGGGGCGGGGCUUAGCGAAUAGUCAACCUACUGAGCAUUCAUUUGAGAAGGGCGGAUGUUUGUUUGUUGUUGUUUACUUCUGACGGUUAGAACGAAAACCUCGAGGACAAGUUAAUACAUCUUAAGUUAAAUGAUUUAUCCUCGAGUCCCUUCAAUGUCACGUGCUUCUCUUCUGACUGGCUCUGGAAACAUGGCGGCUCACUUCAAAGUAAAAGCUUCUGUUUCAGGCUUCACUAGAGUUUGAACUCACUAAAGAUCAUAAACCGUUUCUCCUGUUUGAGGCUUUAUUCUGACUUCAUGGUUAUUUGACUUUAGAAUAAUAAGUGAGAUUAUUUUAAUUACAUUUAAAGUGUUUUAACGUCGUUGUGCUUGAAGGUUUUCUGUUUGGCAGAACGUGAGAACAUGUCGCGCUCCUGAUUCUCCACCAGAGGGCGCUGUUUCUUCCCAACAGGCCGAAUUUAUGCGGCUGAAACUGCGCCACCUGGUGGCCGUCGAGGGUUUUUCACCUUAGCAGAUACUAAAUAAAACAGGGUUUACCAAAUGUUUAUUUAAUGCAUCCAUUUAAACUCUACGGAUGUUACACUACAUUAGUGUCACUUUCAAUAUUCAAACGUAGCUUAAAACUAUUCGUCGCCGUUAAAAACCUUUUAACUAGUUUGAUGUAUUUCAAACUCCUUUUACUUAUUCCACUGUAUUUAUUUACUCUGCAUCAUAUUUAAACUAAACCGUUUACUUUUAAGUUCACACAUUUAGUUUCUUUAUGUAAAUAUAUGUUUGUGUAAAUUAAAAUCAGUUUAGUAAGUGGGAAGGUUAUAAUAAUAAUAAUGUUAAAGAUCAUAUUAAAUACAUAAUGAUUGUUCUCUGAAGGCAAGGGGCGGGGCUUCUCCCGGGUCGGGACCCAAAAGAACGGCGUGAAGAAGUCGACUUGCAGCGAUACACAAAAAGUCCUUUAUUGUAUUUUUUUGUCUUUUCACUUCUUUUUUUAUGACGGUAAACUGAUCGCCUCUUUUUCUUUUCUGGUUUUUUGUACAACAAAAAGAAAUUUAAAUGAUUUGAAAAAAGAAGAAAAAAACGCAAACAUAUCAAAUAAAGAAAAAACUAAAUCUGGA